AGUUUCCAUAAAAAUGUCGGAAAGGAACAAGAUACUCUCUGCUAAGGAACUGAAAGGACAACAACAGAAUGAUAUUCUUUUCUCAACCAAGGAAAAAGCUCAUACAGCUGCCGUAGCAACGCUACUAAUUUCUCAAAUAGUAAUCCUAAGAGAAAUCAUCAAUAAUCAAGGCUAGGGUUGCGUUUUUGCCGCUAAUUAAUUUCUUCUUAAAGUCACCGUUAACUUAUUAGAGACUACUAAGUAGUACUAAUAAGUAAUCUUAGUUAAAAGAAUUAUAAUAGUUAAGAAUGUUUAUAAUAAUUUGUCCUAAUAAAUUCUAUUCAUGAUUUUCAUUAAAAUAACAUAAACGCGACCUUAGACAAUAAAAAUGACAAUAAACAAAUUGCAACGAUCAUUCUAACAUGCCUUAGUAUGGCUAUGGAGAUUAUCUGUGGAGCGUUAAUAAUUUAUCAGGCGUAUACCAGAAGAAAUCUCAAACAACUUUGUCUAUUAGGUUAUCCAACCUGCUGCGCCGAAAAGAUAAGUUCAGUGGAGAGUGGUGAGGAGAGGUCAACCACAAGCCCUACAGCUAAUGGCAACCUUGCGGGAGGUGGAGGAGGAGGAGGAGGAGGAGGAGGAGGAACAACCCAACAGCAACAACUAAAUUUAUCGCCCGACUUAUAUUUUUUACAUUGCACUUGCUCAAGGCAUCAAUCCGAGGCUCUACACCAGUUAAUGCAUGUCUACUUACUUUACAGAGAUAAAAGACUUCAAGCAGACAUGAAAGUUGUUCGGGCAAAUGUCGAAAAUGUUACAUUAAAUAACAAACUGCAGCAAAUUAUGAAAGAUUUAACAGCAGUGAGAAAAACAAUCGAAGACGAGAAGGAGGAAGAAAGAUUGCCUGCCUUAAAAACGAAUGAAGAAGAACUUACAAACAAUAAAACAAAAUGUGAGCAACAAUUAGAACAAUAUUCCAACGUUGUAGAAGAAACAAAAAUAAUUGAAGGCCAAGUGAAGGAAUUAGAAGAAAAUAUCUAUCAAAUGCAAGAAAGUAUUCAACAUUCAAAAAUGGUUCGGAUCGAAAAUACAAUAACCUAUCUUCAUUUUUUCGCCUUUAUACUCACGGCUUUCAUACCUGGUUUACGUACUUAA